AUGCUUGAGAAAAUAUCCCUUCAAGGGAAGUUUUUUAACUGUUGUAUUUCUGUUUCUCUGUCAUCAGGUGAAAAGAAUGGAUGCAAGUCAUUGCACAGUCUUUUGGUGGAAAGACAAAGACAGGCAGAGAAAUCUGUUCUCAUCAGCUGUCAGUCAAAGACUAAUGAGAAAAAGUUACUGAAAUAUUUGUCAAGACACGGAGACAUCAAGAGGCACUUCUUUUAUGAAAGUUAUCUCGAUAGACAGAUAACUUCCCUGACAGAAUUCUACCAACUUACAGAGGAGAACAUCAGACUCCGUUUCCUAGUCUGCUCCCUGCUCAAAGAUAUUGCUGCUGCCUACUUUCCUGAGUGCACAGUCAAACCGUUUGGUUCAUCAGUAAACGGCUUUGGAAAGCUGGGCUGUGACCUGGACAUGUUUCUGGAUCUUGACAGCAUCAGUGGGUGGACUACAGAAUUGACUAAAUCAGGUCUACUCUUAGAAUACCAGAUGAAACCGGCAAACUCAGAGCGGGCUGUCACCCAGAGCAUUCUGUCUGUCAUCGGGGAGUGUUUAGAUCAGUUUGGCCCUGGAUGUGUCGGAGUGCAUAAGAUUCUUAAUGCUCGAUGCCCUCUUGUCCGUUUCUCCCAUCAACCCUCUGGUUUUCAGUGUGACCUCACAGCUAAUAACAGGGUGGCGAUGAAGAGCACAGAGCUUCUCUAUGUGUAUGGAAAGUUGGAUCCACGGGUACAAAGCCUGGUUUGCACAGUGCGCUGCUGGGCCCGGGCUCAUGGCAUCACCAGCAGCAUAUCAGGGGCCUGGAUCACCAACUUUUCCCUCACAAUCAUGGUGCUUUUCUUCCUGCAAAAAAGAAACCCUCCCAUAAUCCCCACACUGGACCACCUACAAGACCUUGCAGAGGAACUGCUGUGUGAGUUCUUUGAGUUCUACGCGACUUUUCCAUUCAACAGAAUGUCCAUAAAUAUCAGGAAGGGACAAGAGCAGAACAAGCCAGAGGUGUCACCACUGCACAUCCAGAACCCAUUUGAAUCCUCUCUAAAUAUCAGCCAGAAUGUCAAUACUACCCAACUAAAGAAUUUUGUGACUUUGUGUCAAGAGAGUUCAUGGCUACUCUACCAGAGUAAAACCAUGUCACCCAAAGGUGUUGCAGUAGACAGCACUACCACAACUUGGGGGAUCGCCACCCUACUCCUACCAUCACGAGUGCCAGGGAUCAAAGGUCACAGGAAAAGACGGGAGCCUGCCAGUGAGAGGAUCAAGAGUUUGCUGGAAUCCUUGAAGUAUAAAACUCAGCAGAAGAAGACUAAAGACUGA